AUGAUCCUCAAGAAGAUUGACGGGAAAUACAAAAUCAGUUACCCAUGGAACAGAGGUCAGCAGCCCGAGCAGGACAAAAAUAAAACUGACUUCUGCGAGUUCCAUCAAUUCCAUAGUCACACGACAGACUCGUACAGAGACUUGAAAAAGAUGGUGCACGAUAUGAUCGAUGAAGGUAAGCUCCAAGAGUACAUCGCGCAACAAGCAAUCCAACCAGCCACUGGGGCACCCAUACAUCGUGUGGAGAUCCCUCGUGAGGCAAAAUAUCUAGGAUACAAUACGAUAUCGUACUCUGCUAUCAUAGCUCCCACUUCUGAAGGAAAUAUCACAGGACGAAUCCACAAACGAAACUUCGAAGGUGAUGAAGUCUUCAGUGUAGCUAAAGAGCCCCCCAUUGAGGAGUGGAUGAAAUUUCCUAUCAACUUUUCAGCCUCGGAGACACCUGAUGGAGGUCGGAACCACAACGACCCGCUAGUGGUCACGAUGGCCAUCACACUUCCCGAACACGAAGGCAAGGAAGAAAAACCUAAGGCAUUGCCAUGGGCCAUGCCUAAAAUCCCGAUCGAUGGAGGAAUCCCUGUAGAGAUCUUAUUUUAUGAAACAUUCAAACAAAUGGGUCUUAGAGACGACUGCCUAAUACCCUCCACCUAUAACAUAUUUGGCUUCAACGACUCGUCGACCCGCCCAAGGGGCGAGGUGACAUUGGAAAUUCGGGUAGGAAAAAUCCUCACCUUAACCACUUUAUGUGUAAUGGAUGUACUUUCACCUUACACAGCUAUUGUCGGGCGAUCCUGGGUCCAUGGGAUCAAAGGAGUUUCCUCAACUUACCAUCAGAGGCUAAGGUUCCCUACGCCCGAUGGAGUCGCAGAAAUCGUCGGAGACUCUGGUGAGGCAAAAUAUUGCUACAAGAUGGACAUUCAAAAUGGCGAAAAAAAAGUAAACUCCCCAAAGGCACAGUCAAGGAGGGCCAGGAAUGCCAACAACCUGGCUGAGAUUCAUGACUACAUAGAAAUAGCUAAUGAUCCAAAGCGCUCGAACGAUGCUCCAGCCUCGUGCAACAUCAUAACCUCGGGGUCGCCUACAUGGCCGUUAUAG